CUAGGUUGAUUCAUUGAAUGCCACGUCUUGACUGGAAGUAUCACGUUAACAGUAAAUAUUAGCACUUCUGCACAGAAGACAAAACGUUGAUUGCUGGUACAACAAACCGUGAUAUUUGACACUAUUUGAGAGUAAUAUGGGAUGUGCACGCGUGCUGGCACUGACACUGGUCACCUCUGUAGUACUGCUGUUAGCCUUUCAAUGUUCCUCUGUGCAUAGCCAUUCCCAUGGUGAUCACGGGCACAGCCACUCCCAUGGAGAGGGUCAUCACCAUGGACACGCUCACGAACCUGAGGUGAAGAUGUUCCAUGGAGCGAGCAAGUGGAGCGCGGAGGCCAACCUACCUCACCAAGAAGAGGAGCAUCAUGGACACGGGCAUGAUCAUGGACACGGGCAUGAUCAUGGACACGGGCAUGAUCAUGGACACGGGCAUGAUCAUGGACACACACAUGAUCAUGGACACGGGCAUGAUCAUGGACACACACAUGAUCAUGGACACGCACAUGAUCACAAUCAUGGACAUUUGCACUCAGACGAAGCUGAGAGGAUAAAGAGGGAAGUUAAAGGAGAGAAGAGGGACUUGAUGGAGCUCUGGACACAGGCUGUCGGCGCCACUCUGCUGAUCAGUGCGGCUCCUUUCCUCAUCUUGUUUCUGAUCCCAGUUCAGUCCAACAGCGACCAACACCAGAACCUGCUGAAGGUGCUGCUGAGUUUCGCCUCAGGUGGUCUGUUGGGUGAUGCUUUCCUCCACCUCAUACCUCAUGCUCUUGAGCCCCACUCCCAUCAUGGUGAUGGAGAUCAUGGACACUCGCAUGCAAGUGAAGACUCUCACGACCAUGGUCACUCUCAUGGAGCGGCCCACGGUCACAUGAUGUCUGUAGGCUUGUGGGUUCUCGGUGGGAUCAUCGCCUUCCUUGUUGUUGAAAAAUUUGUGCGUCUGCUAAAAGGAGGACAUGGCCACGGGCAUUCCCACUCUCACACAGCUGCUCCCAAAGAAAAAGACAGUGGUGGAGAAGAUGAGAUGGACAAAAAGAAGAAAAAGGAGACAGGAAACAAAGAUGCUAAAGUACCUAAGAAAGUGGAGGAGAACAAGAGCACAGAUAUCAAGGUGUCAGGUUAUCUGAACCUGGCAGCUGACUUUACACAUAAUUUCACCGAUGGCCUGGCGAUCGGAGCAUCGUUUCUGGUCGGACCAGCUGUGGGCUUCGUCACCACCCUGACGAUACUGCUGCAUGAAGUCCCACAUGAGAUCGGGGACUUUGCUAUCCUUGUACAGUCUGGCUGCACUAAAAGGAAGGCGAUGUGUCUCCAGCUGCUGACAGCUGUGGGGGCUCUGGCCGGGACAGCGUGCUCUCUUCUGGCUGAAGGCGUGGGCGCAGCGGCCACCGCCUGGAUCCUGCCCUUCACGGCUGGUGGAUUUGUUUACAUCGCCACGGUGACGGUGCUCCCGGAGCUGCUGGCGGGCCGCUCCAGUUUCGGUCAGUCUCUGAUGGAGAUUCUGGCCCUGCUGUUCGGAGUCGGGAUGAUGGUUCUGAUCGCAGAGUACGAGUGAGACGCUGCAGCGCGAACACAAACUUUUACAGCGCAAGACGGGGAGGGAGAGAAACUGACAGGGAAGAGACGGUUUUAGGUUCAAUGUGACUUUUGUAUCUUCACAUUGUUCGCUUGUUUUAUUUUCUUUAUGAUGCUGUAUUUUGGUUGGAAUUGAUUGUGUCCUAAGCGGUUUACAGGUUUUUUUUUCCUGUUUUAUGUUUCUUUCUUUAAGAAAGUGUCACUUUCUUCAACAGUCUCUUCGGUGAGGACGAGAAGAGAAUAAUAUGCAAGGAGGAAGAGGAUAACUCCAUUAUUUAAAUGGGUUGAACCUUUUUGGAUGGUGGUUUCAAAAUUUACUCUAAAUUUUCACUCCACAGACCAUCAAUAUAACAACUCAUCCCACUAAUGAUUUCCUAAAUAACUGACCAGACAAAACACCAUUUUUUCCUCCUUAACUGAGAAAUUCUCUCCUUACCU